AUGAAGUUUGGGGGGAAGGGGAUUAUCCAGCUGAUGGUACUGCAACACAAUUGGGUGUGGAAAAACGAGUUUACGCCAAGUAGAUGGAGGGAAGGAGUGGUUGUGAACUUGUUUAAGAAAGGAGACAAGACUGACCCAGGAAACUACAGGGGGAUCACACUGUUGAACACAGUAGGAAAAGUGUUCUACGGAGAACUGCCUAAAUUCUUCGACAUUGAGCANCGGAAGGUAGUAAAAGUAGGGGACACUGAAACGUCGGUUUCAGGAAUGCUGUUUGCGGAUGAUUUUGUCGGUAUGUCGGACACCCCUGAGGGACUGCAACUGCAAAUUGACGCGGCGAAGAAGUUUACUGAUAAGUGGAGAUUGUCUGCCAACGUUCAGAAGAGUGCCGUCAUGGUAUGCAACGAGAACAAGGAGGAACCAGUAGAACAUAGAUGGAAGUGGGGGAUCGAGGAGAUUGCAGUAGUGGACCAGUACACAUACCUUGGAGUAGAGAUCGCAAAAGACUGCUCGUGGAAUGCACACAUGUCCAAGGUAGCGGAAAAGGGCAAAGCACGAGCAGGGAAGCUGCAUCCAAUACUCGCAAACCGGCACCUCGAUACACGCAUCAAAUUGACGGUUUUGAAGAGCGUAAUCGUACCGCCGCUAGAGUACGCCGGAGAAGUAUGGGAAGGAAACAAGAAGCCGUGA